CUCAAAACAAUACGACCGGACUCCUUGCACACGAAAGACUACCGAUAGACGUCGCGUCUACACCAUGCAACACUAAAGAGCCGGACAUUGAAUUAAAGGGUCGGGAAAGAGCCUCGCGAGCUCUACCAGGACGCACCUUCGUGACCGACGUUCACUCCCCACCAUUCUAUCUACACCGUCCUCACCAUGAACUCGGUGCGCGCGAUCCAGCAGCUCAACAAGCGCGAGCUUGAAGCUGGCAUCAACCCAGGAGGCUCAUGGCACACCGACUACCGUGAUACCGCCUUCGUCUACAUUGGCGGCCUUGCCUUCGAGCUCUCAGAGGGUGACAUCAUCACCAUAUUUUCGCAGUACGGCGAGCCCGUCUGGAUCAAACUCGCGCGCGACAAAGAAACGGGGAAGUCACGUGGAUUUGCUUGGAUCAAGUAUGAGGACCAACGGAGUUGCGACCUGGCAGUGGACAAUCUAGGUGGUUCGACCAUUAUGGACCGAGUCAUCCGGGUUGACCAUGCACGUUACAAGCCCAGGGACGACGAGGAUAUGAGGGACAAUACCACGGGAGAGCUGGACAUCGAUCCUGGCAACGAGUCAGAUGAGGCCAGGCGGAAGCGGAGGAAGACAGAAAGUGAUAGUGAAGAGGAUGAGGAUAGGCCCUUGUUACCCGAAGAGAUCGAAUUGGGGCAACUGAUGGAAAAGCUUGAUGAGGACGAUCCGAUGCGAGAUUCCAUGAUCAAGCGACAGCAAGAAAAGGUGGACGAGGCGCUCAAAAAGCUAAAGAAGAGCAAGCGUAAGGAAAGCGAGAGGGAGCGUAGAAAACACAGACAUCGCCACAGAGAUGGCUCAAAAGACCGAGAUCGUGAUCGAGACCGUAGACGCAUCAAGAACGGAGAGGAAGACGGCCAUCGAGAGCGACAUUCACGGCGCAAGACAGACCGAAGCAGGAGUCGUAGUGAGAGCUUAGAAGAUGACCGUCGUCGUCGAGAUCGAAGCCGGGAACGACAUGGUAUGGACAAAAACAAACGCGAUCGACACCGCGAACGGGCGCGUCGCAGCCCUAGCUCUGUCGACGAAGAGCAGGAACGCCCACGGUCGAAACGCUCCCCUUUACCUUAUCGCGCUCGCUCUCCUCGUCGACAUCGCGAGCCCGCUCAUUCUCCUAUAUCUGAGCGUGAACCCCGUCGCAACAAGUCAUAACGAAACUAUGGGCCUAUACACACAUUAGUAGCAAAUAUCCUUCUUCAAACGGCUUUCAGAUACCCCUCAGGCUCUAGCCAAGUUCUAUCACUACACUACUUCCUCCACAGCAAAUGUCAUCAAUCGAAGAGGGGGCACGAUUACCCCGAUGCACGCCAACCGUUCAUCUUCUUCUACUGGUCUAGCUGAGGAUAGCCACCAAGUACACAUUAGUGUCACGCUUGGCGAUUUGGACCCUACUUCCUCUAUAAGCGUUGCUUUUUGCGGCUCACUACAUUUCACUCUGGAAAAAAACAACUAGUCGGCAUGCCUUGAGUUAGUUAGACUAAUCCGGUUGUGCAUCAUGACAAAACUGUAACGAUUUAGCGGCGCUUUAACGAGCCGUCCGGUUACAUUUAGAACAUUGAUGGGUCUUGAUCCACUUACAGAAGUAAUGAAUAGAAGAAUAGUGACUGCAAUGUAACGUGCAUAAGAGGAG